UGUCACAAUUGACUUGUCUGCCAUCUGUCAUGUAUUGUCAUGGACGAAAAUGACAAAUAGGUUAUUUUGUUUUUAGUGGUUCCUGAUAUUUUUUAAUAUUUCAGAAAAAAUGAAUAGAAAAACUGGCAGUAUAGAACUUCUCGACAUUGAGAAUAGUACUUUCAACAAACCUAUACCAUUAGACGGUUACAGAAGUGAUUCCAAAUCAAAUUUAUUGAACAAACAAGAUUCGACAACUUGGGGCAAAACUUCACCAAGCAAAAGCUAUUGUUCAUCUAGUUCUACAUCCACUGAAAAUGUAGUGUCGACUUUAGAGCGCAAAAAAGUUUCUAAUGAAACUGGUAUUUCCAAUCGACCAGAUGACCCUCCAGUAUUGCCUGGAGAAAAAGUUACAGGGCAAGCCAGAGAUGUGACUUAUUUGUGUCCUUAUCAUGGACCUGCUAGAGGGAUACUUACAGUCACUAACUAUAAGUUAUUUUUUAAAUCUGGAGACAAAGAUAUGCCAAAUAUUGUUGAAGUACCUCUAGGAGUGGUUUCUAGAAUUGAAAAAGUUGGUGGUGCUUCAUCAAGAGGAGAAAAUGCUUAUGGCAUAGAAGUUUUUUGCAAGGACAUGCGUAAUCUUAGAUUUGCACAUAAGCAAGAAAACCAUUCUAGAAGGAAUGUGUUUGAAAAAUUGCAAAUGUAUGCUUUUCCACUGUCACAUAAAAUGAACUUAUUUGCUUUUGAAUAUACAGAAAUUUUUCCUGAAAAUGGUUGGGCUGUAUAUGAACCUAUAGCUGAAUUAAAACGAAUGGGGGUAAAUAAUGACAUGUGGAAAAUUUCAAAAAUAAAUGAACACUAUGAAAUUUGUGAUAGUUAUCCUGCUGUUUGGGCAAUACCCUCUCAAGUGACUGAUGAUGACAUAAAGGCUGUAGCUAGUUUUAGAAGUAGAGGAAGGAUACCUGUUCUAAGUUGGAUUCAUCCAGAAUCACAGGCUACAAUUACUAGAUGUUCACAACCCCUUGUUGGUGUCAGUGGAAAAAGAAGUAAAGAAGAUGAACGAUAUGUACAGUUAAUAAUGGAUGCAAAUGCACAAUCACACAAAUUAUUUAUUAUGGACGCCAGACCUAGCGCUAAUGCUAUUGCUAACAAAGCUAAAGGGGGAGGAUAUGAGUCUGAAGAUGCAUAUCAAAAUGCAGAAUUAGUAUUCUUGGACAUUCAUAAUAUUCAUGUAAUGAGGGAAUCUCUAAGAAAACUCAAAGAAUUAUGUUAUCCUAAUAUAGAUGAAGUAAAAUGGCUGUCUGGUCUAGAAUCGACUUACUGGUUGAAACACAUCAAAUGCAUUUUGGCAGGAGCACUGAGAAUAGUUGAUAAGGUAGAAAGUCACAAAACAUCUGUCUUGGUCCACUGUUCUGAUGGUUGGGAUCGUACUGCUCAAUUGACAGCUUUAUCUAUGUUAUUACUUGACCCAUAUUAUAGGACUAUUAAAGGUUUUGAAGUUCUGAUAGAAAAAGAAUGGUUAUCUUUUGGUCAUAAAUUCCAACAGAGAGUUGGCCAUGGUGAUGACCAUCAUUCAGAUGCCGAUCGUUCGCCAGUUUUUCUGCAAUUUGUAGAUUGUGUUUGGCAGAUAACUCAACAAUUUCCAAACGCUUUUGAAUUUAAUGAUUAUUUUUUGAUAACCGCUUUGGAUCACUUAUACUCUUGUAGAUUUGGGACCUUUUUAUUUAACAGUGAAAGAGAACGAGCUCAAGAAAAAGUGAAAGAGCAGACUGUUUCUUUAUGGUCGUACACAAAUAGCAACUUAAAUUUAUAUAGAAAUCCUUUAUACUGGGCAAAUACUUUACAACAACGAGUUUUAAUACCAAUUGCGAGUAUAAGGCAUAUAAAAUUAUGGAAGGCGUACUAUUGCAGGUGGAAUCCAAGUAUGAGAACACAGGAUCCAGUUUAUCAGAGGAUAAGAGAAUUAUUAAUGCUAAAAGAACAACUCGAGCACACCGGCGAAGAAUGCAAAAAGGAACAACAGCAAAGAAUACAGCGAAGCAAUGUUUCACCCACAUGAUCCAUCAUAGUUGAAUCUUAUGUUUAAUCUUAGUGUUUCUUAAGCGGGCACUACAGAGAUAUUUCUGACGUGCAAUCUGACAUUUGACAGGCGGCAUCCUUGAUAUUCUUCCAUUAAAUAUUUUUGACUUUUCGUCUGACAUUUAACGUCGCGAACUGUCAAAAGGGAGAAAAGUAAUGCAACAAAAAUUUUGAACGUAGAAUUUGUUUUUUGAUUCAACCAUUAUUAGUCCAAAAAUUAUGAGUUUGGUGGAAAUUAUACAAUAAAACAAAAAAUAUGUAUGUAUAAAAUCAGUUUUGAUUUUAUUUGCCCAUUUUGUAUAGUGUUCAGUUUAUUUUUUCUUUCUAUUUUUAAGUUAGUUUUAAAUAAAAGACUUCUAAUUUAUUUAAUGGCACCAAUAAGAUUAUUUUGAGCAAAGUAGGUUAUCCGAUCAUAAACGUGACUCGAUAUGGUAUUAAUUCAAAAACGCAAUAUUAAUAGUCCAAUUUUGUUUAAUUCAAAAAUAAAAUUUUUUUGACCUAUAAGGUCGUCAUCAGGACGAAAUUAAAUUAUCAAAGAAAUAAGCUGUAUUAGUGUCGUAAUUUGUGUUCCAAUGACUUUUAAUAAAAACAGACCAUACUUGAUGACAUAUGUUAUUUGUUUACUUUAGACAUAUAUUUAGAAAAGUUUAAAAACUAUAUAAUUUAGUCAUAAAUAAAACGAACAAAACGCACUCAAAAAGUUAAAUAAGUACUGUUAUUUGUCAUUGGAACACAAAUUAUGUCACCACUAAUAUAGCAUAUUAUAUAGAUUGUAAAUAGUAGCAUAAUUAAUUACAUUCAGUCGUAAACCUCUCUCCCCAAAGUGUAGCAAACUGAUUUUUUUUAGCAUUUCAUUCUUGUUUAUUGAAUUAUCUUUUUACAGAUCUUUUACAUGAAUGUGAUUUACACAUCUAAUGUCUGUUGCCGGUUUCCUUUAGGUAUGCCCUCCCAAAAUACUAGUACUUUUCACUCGAAAUCAUAAAUGUCUCGAAGUAUCCGAAAUCAUCAAGGAAUUCCAGAAAUUACUACCGAAAUUUUGAAAUCGCCACUGAAAUACCGAUAUCGUCAAUGAAAUCCCAAUAUCAUCACAGAAAUCGCUUCAAAAUCAAUACUUUUUGCACGUUGAAAUCAGAUAUGGGGAAUCGGUCAUUGUGACCCGGAGCAUCUGAGAAUCUUAUACAAAAAAGGGG